AAAAUGUGUCUAGGUCCAGUAAUGGGUGACCUUUGAAUGCCUCGUCCUGUACUGAGGCUCAGCGAGAAAGGAAUAAAGCUGAAGGAGGUCCUUAGAAGUCUAAUGUACAUUCAUAUUGCAAUCUCAUUUGUUAUGAUGAUCUUUUUAGGUCUUCUUGAUGGUAUUUUUGAAUUAAUCGCCCCUGCAAUUCUAUAUUGAGGUAUCAACCAAAAUAAUUACUGAAGUAUUUUGAUAUACUUUAUCCUAAAUACUAUGGGAAUUGUGUUCAAAUUUAGCUAUCUCGUACAAAUAUGGAACAUGUUUGGAUUUGCAGACUCUUUCCAGAUAGUUCCAGCAACAAAUAUUAUUUUGCUAUUGAUUAUAGCGUUUUAUCUCACAGCAGAUAUUUUCACUCUCCAAGCUUACCAAGAAUUUAAAGCCUGAGCUGAGCCUCAUCAUGUUGGAGAGGGCAGAGAUUAUGAAGCCAAUCAAGAACUCUCCUCCUUCGGUGGAAGAGUUGGAGGAGGCCCUAUUGGAGGUUACCAACCUCCCCAACCUCAAACAAAUAAUGUUAGACAACCUGCUGGUAACAGUAAUUUCCAUGCCUUUAGAGGACAAGGAGUUCGUCUUGGAGGGACAUAAUAUUUCUUAUCUUGCUGACAUAUUGCUAAUGUUCAAUCUUA